GAGGACGGCGGUUUAACAAUUCAAAAUGGCGGUAGAUUUGAGAGCGCUUCGGAACACUUGGGGUUGUCAGUUAAACUGCCGCUCUCGCGCAGACUGGGCAAGUGCUGGCUGUCCGAUUCUGGUCGCAACGCCGACAAUUAGCGAUUAAUUGUGAAAUGCUUGGGACAGCAAAGCCAGAAUUUAACAUUUUUCCCGGAUCAAAAAAUUUGAUGGAAAAUUUUAAAAUGUCUGCAGUGAUUAACAACCAAGGACAAAAUUUCUUGGCCGAGUGGACGACAAAUGUUACUCGUGCAGGAGUAAUAUUGAAUGCUCCUUUUUCCUUCAAUGAUACCAACACAUUUGCUCACGAAUGUAGAAGCGCUGAUGACUCAUUCAUUGCUCAGUUUGCUCCACUUCAGUUCUCAAAUAGCAGCAGCUGCACCAGCAUUGACUCUCUUCGUGAUGAGCCUCUUUUGAAUUUGAAGAUACCAAAUGGAAAGGAAUCCACUACUUAUGAAAUCAAUGGUUCAUUGACUUCAGACCUUCACUCAAAUAUGACACAGCACACAUUUUCAUCCCAAAAUGGCUUAUUGUGUUGUAACAAUGAGGCAGUGAAGCAAGCUGAAGAAAAGAUCACCUGCAAUAAUGCUCUCAUACAAAGACUUGAACAGUUAAGAGAGUGGCAACAGGAAAGGCAAGAGCAACUGAAGAAACAACAUCUGGAACAGCUUCAGCGACUAGAGCAUGAACAACAGACGCUACUUGGUCUUAUUGGAACACAACAAGGAUUUACAGAUACUUUAAGUAAAUUGCAAAAUAUGGAAAAAAAACAUCCUAUUCAAGCUGUCCAGCAAGUUGGAGAGCAUACUGAGCAAGAGGAUGCUAUCCUUGAAGAUGAGAACGAAGUUCAUGAUGAACCAAACUCAGGAUGUUCAUUUUCAAGAGAACCUUUAGACACACAUCAAAAUAAUAAAGAUUCCACAAGUGCAUCUUUCUUUCAAUCUCCAUCUGAAAAGCAUGAUUCUAAUCAUCCUCCAUCCUUUACAGCUUUAGAGGAAAGACCAAUUAAACCAGGAGUGGAUGUAAGAAAGGAAACCUUUGAAGAAUACUUAGAGAAACAGAUGCAAAUGGAAGAAGAGAGACUGAAACAGCAGCAACUUAAACUGAAGCAGUCACAGCUACCCGCAAUAUUCUCUGAGGACAAAGGCAACCAGAAGAGAAAGUUUCUGAAGCGUGGUGAAGGACUAGCAAGAUUCUCAAAAGUCAAGUCAAGUAGUUUGGCAUCUUACAAUGCUGAUAAGGAGACAAACAUAAUCAACCAACAGGUAGCAGGUUCUCAAACCUCAAUGAACGCAACCCAUCAAAAACUGCAGCGUAAAUUUACAUUAUUAAACAAAGAAAACCAUUUUGGAGGCUCAACUGGGGUUAGCAACAACCCAAAGGCAGGAGGUAAAGGAAAGAACAACUCUGUCUUGUGUGUUAAAAAAUUAACUGCCUUGGAUAAUAGUUAUGGAGAUGAUGCCCUCCCGCCACCUCCGACAAUGCACACAGAGAGAAAAAAAAAUACACCAGUUGGUACAGUUCAAAAUAUCCAUAAAAUUGAGAUCAGCUGUAAGACUGUAAGUUCAAAUAUAGCCCAGGAGUGCAAACAGAAUACACCAAAACAGACUGGACUGAGCAGCAUAGCUUCAGAUAGACUAACAUCAGUUCAUAAUGAUGAGAGAUUUCAGAUGAAUGAAAAUAUAGCUUCUUCAUGGCCAAAUAAUAAAGAUGCAACUGGACCUGAAUAUACUCUUGAAAUAUCAUUUCAGAAAAAUUUGGAGAAGUGGACCAAGGAAAAUGAAAAAGAAAAUAUAGAAUUGAAUGAGUUUGAGUUUCUGGAGCAGGCUGCUGAAGAACUUUCCUUCUCUAGUAAUUCUUCCUUUAUGUUAAAAUUGGUACAGCAUGAUUGCCAAAACAAUGAAGGUCGCAAGUUGUCAUCUACCCCAAUCAAAUCUGAACAACACCAAGUGGCUGAAAAUUCAAACGGGCCAAUGAAUUAUGGGAAUACAGAUUUUGAGGAAAAGGAAAAUGUUUAUUUUAAAAGUCGUGAUAUUUUAGCACAUGGUAUUAAAGUAGAGGAAAAUUUUAAAAAUGCUUUUGCCUCUCCAGUCAGUGAUAAAGUAGCAUUCAAAAAUGUUGAAUGUGAUCCCCCAGAGGAUGAAUAUAGCAACUGUGAUACCACUUCAGAUUCGGAAGUGGAUGAUCUUGAUUCCACAUUGACAAAUGAAAAAACAAUGAAGGAACAGUCAGUUGUCUGCAGCAGUGACAAAGAAGACAAUCCUAAAUCUAAAUGUGGAAAACAACCAACAGAUAUUCACAAUAAAGACAAGAACAUAGACACAGAUCUUGACUUGUCGUCUUCGUCGUUGUCUGAUGUUGAUAUUGAAAUGCCUACUGUUAUAGAAAACAAAAAGCUUUUUUUGAGCCAGAAAUCAGAUUCGUCACCCUUUAAUUCUAGAUGCAAAAGCAGUUCACCUUUGCAUCAAGAAAAGGUUGAAUUUGAUGAUGACCAAACAUGGGCUGACCUGGAAGAGACUGGACUCAUUAACUGUGAAGAUAACUCAACAGAGCCUGUUAAUACAUCUGUAUUAGGUUCCUCUUCUGGAAGAGUUUUUGAGGAUAAAGUUAUGCGAAGAAAAGUUGCUUCUGCUAAGAAGGGAGAGCCUGUGGAUGAAAAGAAUGUGAACAAAUCCACGGAUUCACCCCCCAUCUCUGAUUUGAUAACAAAGUUGUUUCCUUCUCUGAAACCUAAGACAGAACUCGGAUUUAAUCAAGGACUGGAACAAAACUUUAAAGCUGUGAAUGAUAAACCAUUAGGUGCUGGUAUCCAGUCCAAGUUGCUGAGGGAUAAACUGGUAGAAUUAGAAUCUGAAAUAGACCAAUUUCGAGCAGAAAAUGCUACGCUGGCCAAACUCCGAAAUGAUAGGGAAAAAGCCCUGGUGGACCUUAGGAAAGAAAUUGCAAACUUUGAACGCAAAAAAACUGAAGAGUUGGCUCAAUUCGAGGAAUACAAAAAAGAAGAAUUAAAACGACUACAUAAGGAGCGAUUGGUUUUUGAAAAACAUGCAGCAGCAGCAAGAGCAAUCCCUGACAAAAAGGAGAGAGGAGAGAUACAGGUACUGAAACAGCAGAUUGUAGAUUUGAAGGAAGAACUAAAACGAAAAGAAUCAAGAUGGUCAAGUAUCCAUGCAAGGCUUCGAAACCAGAUUGAUGUACUGACCAAAGAAAAUCAAGAGCUUAGAGAUGAGGUUAACGUUAUGGAAAGACUUCGGUUAGAAACCUGGAAGAAAGCUGAAGCAGCAAUUGAAAAUAAAAUGGAGACCACAUCUCCUCAGUUAAAGAAAACAGAACUAGUAGUUCCACCAGAUGUUAGGAAGAUGGGAACUGAUUCCUUCAUCAGACAGACAGACAGAGGCAGAACUGCACAAGUAGGAGGAAAGAAAAGCUCUUACAGGAUUGAACAGACUUCUCCAAGAGAUGAUAAACUCAGUCACGCUGUGAAAUCCUCUGCUCCUGCAGUGACCAGAAAUGGCUUGAAAGGAAGUUCUGUUUCAUUACCAUCUUCCAUAUCUCUCACUAAUAUGACUGACUCUGCAGUGGACAGUAUGAUGCAUUCAGAGCCUCCUGAAAAUUUUCCAAACUGUGACAGGGUUUCAGCACCAUCUAGUUCUAGUCUUAAGUCUAAUGAGACUGAGGAUGAAAUUCAAGAAGUGAUUACGUAUCCAGAUGGAAAGGUUGAGCAGGUAUUGAGAAGUGGACGUCACAUAAUUAUUUUCUGUAAUAGUACCCGAAAAGAAAUUAGUGCUGAUGGGAAAACUGUUAAAGUGACAUUCUUCAAUGGGGAUAUAAAACAGAUAAUGUCUGACCAAACAGUGAUAUAUUAUUAUGCAGAUGCACAGACAACACACACAACCUAUCCUGAUGGUCUAGAGGUUUUGCAAUUCCCAAGUAAUCAGAUGGAGAAACAUUACCCAGAUGGUAGAAAGGAAAUCACUUUUCCAGACCAGACCAUUAAAUACUUGUUCACAGAUGGUCAUGAAGAGAGCGUGUUUCCAGAUGGCACAAUAAUACGCGUGCAACCUGAUGGUAAUAAGAUAAUUGAAUUUAAUAAUGGACAAAGAGAAAUACACACAUCAAACUACAAACGACGAGAGUACCCCGAUGGAACUGUGAAAACGGUGUAUCUAAAUGGUCAGCAAGAAACAAAGUACAGCUCAGGAAGAGUAAGAAUCAAAGACAAGGAAGGCAAUGUAAUUAUGGACAAUAAACCCCAUUGUAUCUGAAGAUUGGUUUAAUCCAAUGUAUAUCACAGAAUCUAGCAUUGAAUUAUAUAACUAUAUUUCAUAUCUAGUAUAUCUUUUUUGUUUGUUUUCUAUAUGUAAAUACUUGGCGUACUAAAACAAUGGAGGUUAAAAAUAAUCAAAGUGUCUGUGAUGAAAUUGUGAUAUGCAAGUUUAAAUGUUUAUAAAAUUGAAGUCUGUUA